AUGACUACAUCAAUCUUCCGUCCUCCCUACCCCGAGUUUCACGAUCAAGUCCAUGACUUUUCUCUCAAGUCAGUUUCCCUGGAGGCCCUAGUUCAAAAGAAGGCAGCAGGAAGACGCAAGAGGUAUGCGGGCGUCCAAGUCUGGGGAACGCCCAGAAAGAUGACGAGCUCAAGGUCGAAAGAGCCUGUCACCGUCACCUGGAUCGUGGAUCCCACCCAAGAUGAGCGAUACGAACCCGACGGCCCACAAAUCGCCACCACAGAGGAGAUUUGCAGGGAGGAAGCCGACAGAUUGGGCUUGAAGUUUGUUGUGAUCCGUGGGGCGGCGCACGAGACCAGGAACAUCUACAUUGAUGGACGGACGGUUACCGUUUGGGACGCGACUACCGGACGAUAUGAGAACAUGCAGAGGGAGGCCGACUCUCAUUUCACCAUUUAUAUAGGCAAAAACAAGAACGAAUUGUUACUUCAAGGCCACAUCUAUGUAGUCUGGGACUCUCUGAAGUUCGGUGGGUUGGAUAAGAUGACCGACCCAGUCAAGCAGAGAAAGCACGUAAGUGCGGAGGAUGGCGAGCGACCAGUCGCUCACGAAUACUGGUCCCUUACUAAGGAUCCCUUGCCGCCCAAAUCUAGUUAA